AACUAUUUAUAAGUAAAGUGUAUUAUUAGAUUACGGGUAUGACUCCAUUUUAACAUACACUAUAAUAUUAAGCGUACCUUUAUGAGACUUUAAAAUUUAGCUUCAUCAUUAUCACACUGCUGAACUACAAAGGUACUGCUAAUAAUAACCAUGCCAAAAAGUGAGAGAGGAAUCCUUGGAUAUCGUAAAGUUCCUGGGAAGGAAAUUCUGUUUUCUUUUGCCCCACGAAAAGGAAAUGAAUGUGCUUCUGAUGAAGAAGACUCAGAUUAUCAGCCUUCAGAUGAUGAGGAAGGACUCUCACGGAACAAAGACCGAAAAAGUGCACUUGGAAAAUCAAAAGAAAAAAAACAACGUAAUGUAAAGCAGAGAAAAAAACAAGCAAAGAAUAAACAAAAAGGAGAGAUAAUGAAACGGAAAAGAAACAUGGUCAUUGAUUCAUCACAGUCUGAAUCGCCUUCAAAACGAUUUCAGAAAGAGGACGCAAGCAUGCCCUCCAAGAGUGGCCAUCAACUCUGGGGUCAAAUGCUUCCAAUUGAGAUUUUAGUUCGCGUAUUUGAACUUGGAGUUCGGGAGAACGGAGCUGUACCAUUUCUUUGUAGAGUUUCUCGAGUUUGUUCUCUAUGGCGUGAAGCUGCAUCUAAACCAUCGUUAUGGCAUCAUAUCGACCUCUCCUUUGGUUGGGUCAAGUCUAUAGAACAAACUUUGAAUAUUUUACUUGAGAAUCGUGUGUCACGCCUAAAAAUACUGAAUCUAUCAUUAUGUGCAAAGUUAACAGACAAAGAAAUUAAGUUGGUAGUUGAUAAAUGUCCACUUCUGGAAUCUAUAAACUUGACAGCUUGCAUCAAAUUAACUUCUCUGUCAAUCAGUCUCCUGUCAAGUGGAUGUCAGCACUUGAAAGCAGUUGAUUUGUCGGGAUUGAAUAUUGGUGCGGUAGCUCCAGCAGUACUAAAGCAGUUGGUGGAGCAGUGUGGCAGUCGUUUAGAGGAGUUUGUCAUCGCAAAGACACAAUUGAGAAGCUUCCCAAUGGUACUCAAAGCAUUAAUGACAUGCUGUCCAAAUUUGAAAUUACUGGACCUAUCAAACUGCAAGUUUUCCUCGGACUUUCUCAUGAUUCCAAUUGAGGAAUUCCAAGCUGGUUGUCCAAGCCUCGAGGUUCUACGACUGACAGGCUCAAAGGUGCGAGCAAACCAGGUCUCAAGGAGGCUGAAGGAGGAAUCCCUUGGUUUUCCGAAACUGAAAGAACUUAGUGUAGCAGUCAACAUAACUACAACUCUUAACAUUAGUCUAGGGAUUACUGACGGAUUGCUGCUGCGUCUGCUAAAAACAUCCAGCAAAUUAAAACACCUUGACCUCCGCGGAUGCACACACAUAACAGCUGAUGUCCUUCAGAAAUUAUCAUUAGAUAAUUUGGAACAGCUAUUCAUCUCGCAAUGUUCAGUCUCAAAGUAUGAAGGCAUAGCUGUAAUUGUGCAGAAGUGGAUGCACAGCUUGAUAGAGCUGGACUUGUCAUGGAACGUCUUUCCAGGUAUGUCGCUAGACAUUGCCAUGAAGAAGUUGUCCAGUACUCCUCAGAAAUCAAAUCUUCGAAUCCUGAACCUAAGUGGAACAUCCAUAACAGCACAGAGAGUCAAGUCAUUACUUGAUGGUUGUCCUCGCUUAUCGUGCCUUGACUUGUCAUCCUGCCGUGGAUUGCCACGUGGAAUGAAGCAGCAGUAUGAAGGAGAACGUCUUGCCAACCUCAAGCGAAACAUAGACACCAUCUUUGAUGAAGAGUCAGAGAACACUUGAUGAUAGAGUCAUUGACAUUUUGAACUUUGGAAAUUUUAAAAAACAAAAGUGCAAGAAACCUUAUAUGGUAGUUAUGAUGGCAUAUACAACAUUGAAGAGGUCACGAUAUGACUGUGAUGGUGGCAUAUGUGAAAUUUUACAAGCAUUUAUGGGAAUGAUGAUGCAUCAAUUUGAUUUAAGUGUGUGAAGGUUGUUGCAAAUUUCAAGUAUGAUGAAUUUGCAGGCGUAAGACUUUUGUUUUGAAAAAAAACUUCGCUCCUAAAAGGCUUCAGGGCAUGCACCCACAAUUUGCUUUUUAGAUGCUCUAAAAUGCGUUUUCCGUCACUGUAGAGAAUUACUUUUACAACUGUUACAAUCUGUAACUUGUGACCAGCUCUGGCAAAACCAGCCGUGUUUAGGAAAAAUGCAAAAUUGAGAUUUCACUGUUAUUAGAUUCUACAUGAAUUCUUCAUUAAAACAUUUUUUACUUAAUGGAAAUUGGUUGAGUAUUAACAAAGUUAUUAAUAUUUAAUUCAUUGGAUAUCAGCCAUGUAGUUUAUGAGAUAACAGCUUCCAAAGAUUCCAAAAUCAAUAGCCUAUUAAUGAGACUUGUAUUUAAAAAUAAUUUUAAUGUGCUUUUCAGUCAGAUUUAGUGAUUGUUUUUUUGUAAAAUGCAAAAACAUGAAAAUGUUUAAAAUCCUGAUUCUUAAACGUUUGGAAUGCUUUUGGAAAGAAAUUGCAAAAAACAGGUUUUGCCAGAGCCGGUCGCAACAAUAAACAACGUUUCAGGCUGUCCACAAGCCAUGCACAUGCAGCGUGUAUGUGUUCUGCGAUCUUGUCUAACAGUGCUUUGUAAAGCAGCAACAUAUCUAAAGUGUUGGAGCAAUUGAGAACAUGAACGAAUGAUGUUUAAGUACUGUAUGCAAGUUUAGGGGAGUUGGUGCGUGUUCAGAGACAGAUACACAAUAUGUUUCGGCCUAGACUUUUGGGGUUUUAAAAUUAUACGCGCGUUUUAGGUACUUGAACAUGUCAGAUCUUGAGAUAAACUUCAAAAGAGACAUGGUGGGUCUGGUGUUGGAAUAUCCUAAAGUAACUUUGUUUUUUCUACAAUUAGAAUUGAUUUAAGAUCUUUUAAUUUAAUUUUCAAUAAUUAUAAUGAUUGCUUUAGGAUACAUUGCAAAAAUGAGCUUAGCACAUCAACAAAGGUUUCAUACUGAUGUAUGUAAAGUACUUUCAGAAGGAAUUUAACCUGCAACCUGUAUGUUUCUAGUAUAUUUUUUUUGUUAUGAAUAAUGGUUAAAAGUGUUUGAUUUUGAAGGCAUUACUAUUUUACAAUAGCUUUAAUUCCUGCUGGACAGGUACAAAGGAUGUCUAGACAUCAAGUUAUACAAGCUAAAUCAUCACCAUUCACUGAAUCCUUAGUUUCCAAUCUAGUUACUUGGUGAUUUAUUUAAAGUGUGCCCAUAUUUUUAAAAAGUGCCUUCUCAAAUGUACUACUACUACUCGUAUAACUAUUCCUGAGGGAAUUGACAUGUCCGAGCAAGUUGAUUUGUUUUAUAGCAUUGCAUUAUAGAUACAAAGCUCACAAUUUACAAGAAUUUGAUAGCUUCAUUAUAAAAAUCUAUUUACUUUACUUGCUAAAAGUGAAUAUAUUAUUUUUUGAGCUGUGCAUGUUUACUGUAAUCAUAAUGUAUAAAGCAAUUAUUAAUAAUGGGGAACAUACAAUUUAUCACUUGGUUCAGGAAUGUAUUUUGAAACUUUUAUACAGAGUUACCAGUUAAUUAAAAUAUAUCAUAUAAGUACAAACAUUUAAAA